GUGAGUGUGAGUGCGUUGUGACGUCACGGGCACACAAUCGGGCGGGGCACACACCACCACCUUGCCAGUCAGGGCUCGGCGGCGUGGCUGGCAGGUCAUCCAUCGUCUCCAGAGUGCCAGAUCGUCGCGAUGGGAGGAGCCUCAAUGGUAUCGAAGGGGAAGGUGGAGGUUGUGGCCGCGGCGGAGGCGGAGAGAGGCGCCGAGGCUGUGGCGGCGGCGGUGACGUGCGUGCUUGUGGUGCUGUGCUGCCUGCUGGGGGCGCGCUACCUCCGCCAGCGGCACCAGUACUGGCGGCGGCGCGGCGUGCCCUGCCCCCCCGCCACGCCGCUGCUGGGGCACACCCUGGCACGCAUGGGGCUCACGCGGCCCUUCACGGAGUUCUUUGAUGAGCUAUACUACGACUACAACGGCCGUGACUACUGCGGCUUCUACGACUUCUUGAAGCCCGGUCUCUUCGUGGGCAACCCGCAGCUCAUCAAGACCAUCCUCGUGCAGGACUUCCAGUACUUCGCGGACAGACGCACCUUCGAUCUGGCCAAGGUGAGCCCCGUGGCCAACGACAUGCUGACCAACGCGCGGGGGACGCACUGGAGGAGAAUAAGGAGCGCAGUAUCGCCGGCCUUCACCAAGAACCGGACCCGCCGCCUCUACCCCCUCCUCCUGCAGCGCGCCAGUCACUUCCUCCGGCUGGUGCGCUCCAUAAAGCAAGACCAACAAGAACAACAGGACCAGCUCACCCCCGCGCCCAUGUCCACAAUAAGAGACGCCACGGAAGUCGAGACAGUGAGAGGAACAGUCAUGGAUGCAAUAGAACCCGGGCUUAGCGGUGCAGAUAAUGCAUGUGUCGAUAUGAGUAAGGAAAACGUAAAACAAAGACCCAAAUACUCAAAGAAAAGGACAGGAGCUGGCGCCUCAAAAGAAGAGGACGCCAUGGAAAGGACAAUAGAGAGUAAAGAAAACGAACAGGAAUCUAAAUACUUCAUGAAAAGGAGAGGGGCAAGGGAGGCAGAAGAGAACGACAAGGAAAUAAGAGCAACAGAGCGCAAAAAAUAUGCAGAACAGGGAUCAAACUAUUCGAGGAAGAUGAAAGCACCGGAGGAGGCCCCAGAGAGCAUAAUAACUCAAACUAAGGAAUUGGGUAUGUCAGCGCCACAGGGAAAAAGGCAGCAAACAAUAGCAACAAGAACAACAGCAACAACGACAGUAACAGGAAGGACAGCUAAGCGCCACACAGCACACACGAAACACAAACAAAUAGAUCCACAACUGAACGAGGAGCUUAGACCCACCUCGCCUGCAACGGACACUGGAAACACACGCGUAGCCACUCCAGCAACACACACGCAACAGAGGGACGAGAAACACGACACCAACAACAACUCAACCAGAAGAUCAACAGCCACAGAAGUUGACACGGAAAUUCAAACAGACAAGAAGACACACCUGAUGGAGACAAACACAGCCGCCACGACACCUCGGAGAAGAAACACAGCCACAGACACAGACGCAGCGGACGGCCCGGCAACAAGACACAAAGGCGGCGAGAAGCCAACACAAGAAGAAUUAAAACGAAAGGAUGAUAUCGAGGCCCGGCGUGUGUGUGGACGCUACACCAUGGACGCCAUCGCCUCCUGCGCCUUCGGGUUGGAAUGUGAGGCGCUGGACAAGGAGGCGGCGCUGUUCCCUAUCAUGGCAGCUCGCGUCUUCCAGCUGUCCCCCACCCGCGCCCUCAAGAUGCUGCUGGUGGCUGUGAGUCCUAAGGCGGCGCAGUUGGCGAGCGCUGCGGGACUGCGGUACACGAGCGAGGAGUUCACCUUCUUCCUGAGAGUAGCCAAGCACGCCCUGGCCGCCCGCCGAGCCGCCCGCACCCCUCGAGGAGACUUUCUGGACCUGCUCCUCGAGGCCACAGCGCAGAGCAAGCAAGGCCUGAGUGACGAUACCCUCGCUGCCCAGACCAUCCUCUUCCUGCUGGCUGGCUACGACAACACGGCCAACACGCUAGCUAUGAGUCUACACCUGCUGGCCCACCACCCGCCGGCCAGGGCAAGGCUGCGUAGGGAGCUGGCCUGUGCCGUUCUCAAGAGCGGCAGCAGCAGUGGGCGGCUGAGCUACGAGGAGGUGACGGAGCUCCCUUACUUAGACGCGGUGGUGUGUGAAACGCUGCGCCUCUACCCCGCAGCGCCCGUCAUCGAGAGGGUGUGCACUGAACCCUGCAGGCUGGGCGGCGUGGAGGUGGAGGCGGGCACGGGGGUGGUGGUGCCUGUGUGGUGUCUGCACCGCGACCCCGCCCACUGGCCACGCCCUCACCACUUCAUGCCCGAGCGGUUCCUGAGGGAGGCGCGGCAGUUACACACGCCCUUCACCUACCUCCCCUUCGGCGCCGGGCCCCGUUCGUGUGUGGGUGUUCGCUUCGCCCAGGUCGUCGUGAAGGCAGCUCUCGCGGCUCUCCUCUCCGGCGCCGAUGUCAUCCCUAGCCCAGCCUCGCCCUACCCCACCGUCCUGGACCCUCGCGUGCUCACCCUACAGCCCAAGAACGGCCUAUACGUCAGCUUCAAGCCCUCACCCUUGCCGGACAUGCUGAAGAGAGAGCUUGAGGAAUACCCACCACUGUGCGCUGAGGACGAGGCGGUAGCGGUGAAUCUGCAUCAGUUGCUUGCGUUAAGAUCGGGGCAAGAAGCGAAUAUCGAAAAGACUGACGGAUUGAGGGAUUGAUUGGUUGAGUGAUGAUGACUAGACGGAUGGUGGUGUUACUUCGUUAUGGUCGAGUGUGUUGUUGUUAUUUAUUGGUGCGAUGGGUUUUGUUUUUACUCCCGCUAUAAUGGUGCUAAUGACUGUUUACUUGUUAUUGUCUGUUGUUGCCUUUUUAAUUGGUGUGUACAUAUGUGUGUGUAAGUGUGAGUGUGAGUGUGUGUGUGUGUGUGUGUGUGUGUGUGUGUGUGUGUGUGUGCCAAGGGGGCGAUGGGGGGAGCCAUUACUAGCCCCUCAGGUGUGCACGCUUCACCUGCCUCGCCCCCGGGUCAGGUUGUCACUUGUUACGGGUUCACCUGCCGCCCAUCUGCCACACCUGUCUCCUUACGCUAGACUCUUUGAACCUCUCUUAUCGCCGCCCCGUUUAACUUUAGGCAAUUCAUUCGCAACCCAUUUAGAAGUCUCUUGACAAUACUCUCGAAAUCUGGUACUUGAUUAUUCAUUUGUGGACGUGGUGAUCCGGUGAGGGACCUAACCUGACCUGACCUAACGUAACUUGACCUGACCUGACCUGACCUAACCUAACCUAACCUAAACUACUGGCCUAAUGUAACCUAACCUAACCUAACCUGACCUAAACUAACUUUCUGACCUAGCCCAACCUAAUCUCCUAUCUUGACCUGACCUAACCAAACUUAACCUAUCUUGACCUGACCUAAUCUAACAUAACUUAACCUAAUAUAACCUAACUUAACCUCACAUAGCCUAACCUGACCUAACUUAACCUAACCUAAUCUAACCUGACCUAACCUAACCUAUCCUAACCUAACCUAGCCUAGCCCAACCCAGUCUAACUUAACCUAGCCUGAUCACCCCAUGCACUAAGUAAGGCGGACAGGGGGUAGGUGGGCCAAGCAGGCACUAUACUCACGCUGUAUUAGACGUUACGUACAAACAACCGAUACUCAUGUGGCUUCGCGUUGCCCCUAUUCAUCGUUAAUGGAUAAAGGGGUUGAAUAGGGUGUGACAUCUUGUUAGACAUAGUAGACUAAACUACCUAAAGGCGUGGUUAGUAGUGAUUAUGCUUUUUCUUGUUGACACAGUGAUCGCUCGUGGUCUCUGUGUAUUGGUUCCCCCGUGAAGGGUAGAAAGGGUGUUACUGAUCUCUCCGUAUUUGUUUUCAUAUUUGCCGUAAGGAAAAAGACAGGAUAAGUUAGUAAUGUGGCGCCUGUGUCUACGGUACCGUCCCUAUGCUUUGGUGUCCUGCAUAUGUGACCUGAACAAUAAAUAUGGACAGUUUGCUGAGCCGUUUGUCGUAAAGCCAGAACGGAAUAUUAAUGGAUGGUGACUACGCUGCUUUCCGUGUGAAUUGGUUACCAUGAAUAAUUAAGAUAACUGGCUUUGUUAUUUGUCCUAAAACAGAAAAAAAUGGACAGAAAAGAAGGGUCCCGCCAGUGGCUGAACAAUACCUAUCUUGUACAAUGUUUUCCUCCAGGAGUUAUAUAAAAAGUUAUGAACAA